CGCGGACAGCACUGGGCUCCGGCGCGUCCGCCUUGACGUGAUUGGUCGGUGAGCGUAUCAUUGCGGGGCUCCGUGACCGCCAUUGCUGACUCCGCUCCAGUGGCGUCACGUGGGCCCAACGGGCUCAGGUCGAGCGCGGGAGGCGGAGGACGUUGGGCGUGCGUCGCGACCGCUCGCGCGGGGGUUUCCAGCUCCUGCUAUGGCGGCGGCGGUUGCGGAGGGCGCAAGCAUGGCUGCGGUUCCCGUGUCGGGCGCCCACAGCCCCAGCAAGCCGCCCGUCGGCGAAGGCGAGGGAGCAGCGGGCGAGGAGAAGAACGCUGGGAAGAAAGGAGCGGAGGCCGUGGGGGACAGCGAGGAGGACGGGGAGGAUGUGUUCGAGGUGGAGAGAAUCCUGGACAUGAAGACCGAGGGGGGUAAAAUCCUUUACAAAGUUCGGUGGAAAGGAUACACCUCAGAUGAUGAUACCUGGGAGCCUGAGGUUCAUCUUGAAGAUUGUAAAGAAGUUCUUCUUGAAUUUAGGAAGAAAGUUCUGGAUAACAAAGCUAAAGCAGUCAAGAAAGAUAUUCAGAGACUAUCUUUAAAUAAUGACAUAUUUGAGGCAAACUCUGAUAGCGAUCAGCAAAGUGAGACAAAAGAAGAUACUUCUCCAAAAAAGAAAAAGAAAAAAUUAAAGCAGAGAGAAGAGAAAAGUCCAGAUGAUCUGAAGAAGAAAAGAGCAAAGCCUGGGAAACUAAAAGAGAAAUCCAAACCAGACUUGGAGAACUCUGAAAUUUCACUUUUUGAUUUAAGGACAAAGAAAAGAAUUUCAGAAGCCAAAGAAGAAUUAAAGGAAUCCAAAAAGCCCAAAAAAGAUGAUAUAAAAGAAACUAAGGAACUAAAGAAAGUUAAAAAGGGUGAAAUAAGAGAUUUAAAGACUAAAAUAAAAGAAGACUCCAAAGAAAACAGAAAAACAAGAAAAGAGAAAUGUGUUGAAUCUCAGUUGGACUCUGAAUCAGAUCUACUUAAUGAUCUCCCCUUUCAGGAGGGGGACAGUGAAGAUUUACAGUCUGACAACAGAGAAGAGAAACUAAAGACUAAAAGUGGAAAAGACAAAGCAGGGCUAGAUGCAGCUCAAGAUGCUGUUCUAGAUAAAUACCUGGACAGCCCCGGAAGUGCUGAUGAAGAUGCUGAUGUCAGAGGAAGGAGAAACAAAAAGAAACCCAGAAAGGCUGAGGAACUUAAAGAGAACAAAAAGCUAGAAAACAAGAACCUUUCUUUAGAGAAGAAAAAUGCACAUAAAAAGCAGAGGAAUCAAGACAAAAGCAGAAGUACUACUGAGUCAGAUAAUCUGACAUCUUCACUGGCCCAGACACAAAAGAGCUCAAGGGUGGGUGGGGAAGAGAGGGGCCUCCGGUCCACUGACUCUGCUGGAGAAGAGAAAGAGACCAAAAAAAAUGAAUCCAAAGAAAAAUAUCAAAAAAGACAUGAUUUGGACAAGGAAGAAAAAGGCCGCAAAGAGCCGAAGGGAUUAAACACAUUUAAGGAAAUCAGAAAUGCAUUUGAUUUAUUUAAAUUAACUCCAGAAGGAAAAAAUGAUUUUCCUGAGAAUAAUCAGAAAAGAGAAGAAACACCACUGGAUUGUAAUUUUGCAGAAGAUCAUAAAACCAAGGAAAACAAUCAGGUACUUAAAGAAAGGAGAAAUACAAGAGAUGAGACUGACACAUGGGCAUGUAUAGCUGCAGAAGGUGAUCAGGACGUUCUAGAUGGUAUGUGCCCGGCCGACGAGAAUUCUGAUGGCAGACAGCAGAUUUUGAGUCUGGGCAUGGACCUGCAGCUGGAAUGGAUGAAACUAGAAGAUUUUCAAAAGCAUCUUGAUGGGGAAGAUGAGAACUUUUCUGUAACAGAUGCCAUUCCAAGUAAUUUAUUGAGAGAUGCUGUGAAAAAUGGGGAUUAUAUUACUGUGAAGGUUGCACUUAAUUCAAAUGAAGAAUAUAACCUGGACCAAGAGGAUUCAAGUGGGAUGACACUGGUGAUGCUUGCUGCAGCUGGAGGUCAGGACGAUCUACUGAGGCUUCUCAUCAGAAAGGGAGCCAAAGUGAAUGGCAGACAGAAGAAUGGGACCACCGCACUCAUUCAUGCAGCUGAAAAGAACUUUUUAACUACAGUGGCUAUUCUUUUGGAAGCAGGAGCUUUUGUAAAUGUCCAGCAGAGCAGUGGUGAGACCGCUUUAAUGAAGGCCUGUAAAAGAGGAAAUUUGGAUAUUGUACGACUUGUAAUUGAAUGUGGAGCUGACUGCAAUAUUUUGUCAAAGCACCAAACUAGCGCAAUGUAUUUUGCAAAGCAGUGUAACAAUGUGUUGGUGUACGACUUGCUGAAGAAUCAUUUAGACACACUUUCAAGAGUAGCAGAAGAAACGAUAAAGGAUUACUUUGAAGCACGCCUUGCUCUUCUAGAACCAAUUUUUCCAAUAGCAUGUCAUCGUCUCUGUGAGGGGCCAGAUUUUUCAAUGGAUUUCAAUUAUAAACCUCCACAGAACAUAACAGAAGGUACUGGAAGGUGGAGGUUCAAGGAUUGGGUUAAAAAUCUGUGUGUGCAUCUCUCCUGCUCAGGCUCUGGCAUCCUGCUAUUCAUUUUCCACGCGAAUUUUUUGGGUAAAGAUGUUAUUGCUCGACUCUGUGGACCAUGUAGUGUACAAGCUGUAAUUUUAAAUGAUAAAUUUCAACUUCCUGUUUUUCUGGAUAGUCAUUUUGUUUACUCAUUCAGCCCUGUUGCAGGCCUCAAUAAACUCUUUAUAAGGUUGACAGAAGCACCCUCUGCUAAGGUGAAAUUGCUAAUAGGUGCGUACAGAGUGCAGCUGCAAUGAUCAAACAGAGAAUUGGGAUGGAAUGGCUUUCAGACCUAUUUUUAAAUACUCCCUUCCAAGCAGUCUGGAAUUCUGGCACAGCUAACACUUUCAAAUUUAAAGUUUGAUCUGCAAACCUCAUGCAGUUUAAGGCCUAUCAUCUGUUAUAUGUGGGACAUGAUGUGUUCUAUGUAAUAUAUUAUAAAAUACAGAAAUGUAAGUAUUUGUGCCAAUGCUUUGAAGUUGAUGUUGUGUCUGAACUGCAUACUUAGUUUUCCACAAUGUGGAAUGGUACAGGGUUAUUUAAGAAAAUUACUUUUUUUGUUAACUUGAAAUUUUUUUAAUUUGACAUUUUCUACUUACCCCAGGUGAAUUUCUGUAAAUAAAGUGUGAAUUUGCCCCCCUUGAAAUUGGAGCAAAAAGGUCUGAUCUAUUUCUGAUAUGUAGUUGCCACACAUCCCAAGUUGGAAGGACAUCUUUGGAUGUUUCCUUUAUUUGAAAAGGUCAGACCCUAAGAAAUCAACCAGAGCGUUUUGAGGCCUAAAAAGAAAUAUUACACGUGCCCUUACUUUAAAUCCUGGGAGGCCAGACUGUGGGGUUACUGAACUUUUCCAUAGAUAAAACUCUUAUUUGGUGAACUAAUAAAUCAAGCUCAGUCUGGAUUAUAGAAAUGUUUAAAAUGUAGUUCCUGAUUAGUUUUAUAAUUGUGAGUUAUAAUUUUAAUAAAAUUUUCAGAAUGUCACAUAUUAGCCCCUAUACAUUGUGUUUACAAUUCAGACAGCCAUUUUUAUUUUACAUACUGAAACUGCCUUUUCCUAGUUUUCUCAUUAAAGUACCACAAUGUUGGUCUUUCUUAUUUCUUUGUAUCCCAAAUAAAUGUGGAUACCAAA